ACCUGGCAUUCUAGUUUAACUCCAUUUCGUACACUUUUUCUACUUCCGCUUGAUUCUUCAUUUGCAUUAGAUCUUGAUGUAGAGGCCUACAUUAAUUUUUAAAAAAUUAUAGAUUUAAACCCUAUACUAAAACUGCUUGGUGGUGAUGCUGUUCAGUGAAGUCGCCUAAAACAAAGAUCCAAUCAUGGGCAAAUCCAAUCAGACCUCCAGGGCAUCUGAAUUUGCCCCCACAUCUAUUGCUACUCAAGAAGCACCACGCGGUUCUCAAUAUCCGCCUUCAGUACGAGCUUCAGAGGCUCCACAGAAUCCACGGCAAACAUAUCACUCUAGCGCCUCUCAGUAUCCGCCAUCAAUUCAAGAUCCGAACGCUUCGCAGUAUCCACGGGAAUCUUAUUUCUCGGGCGUCUCUCAGUAUCUUCCAUCAACACAAGAUCCGAACGCUUCGCAGUAUCCACGGCAAUCUUAUUACUCUAGCGACUCCCAGUAUCCGCCACCAACACAAGAUCCGAACGCUCCGCAGUAUCCACCGCAAGAAUACGAUCCAAACGCCGGUCCACCAUAUGCCAUUCAGCCCUCGGUCUACGACCAGAUGCCUGUCGUUGGAAACAAAAGUCUUCUUUGGAUGGAUACUCCCGUACACAUUAUCUGCCAGUAUUGCAACGCUGAGAUUACGACAAUGACAGAUCCGGUGGUUGGUUGGUGCACGUGGACUAUGUGUUGUCUCUUUACCAUUGGAUGGCAAGUGCUUUCCAUGUGCGAUCGCCACAUUCUUUUGCAACUCUCUGAAGGAUGUGAAUCACGUGUGUCCCCAAUGUUUAGGGGUCGUUGGCACAUACCAUCGCCUGCAUAUGUGAACUCUGUUGCUGCUCUCUUCAGCCGUCAAGAAAAAUGUUCACUCUCAAAUUCAAAAAGAAGAAUGUUCACUCAAAAAUUCAAGAAAAAUGUUCACUCUCAAAUUCAAAAAGAAAAAUGUUCACUCUCAAAUUCAAGAAGAAAAAUGUUCACUCUCAAAUUCAAGAAGAAUGUUCACUCACAAAUUAACACAAAACUUUAAAAAAAAAAAUACGUUGCCAGACUGAAAGUUUAAAUUAUAGUCAGCAUUAUUUUUAAUGGGAAAGACAUUUUUAAUGAUUUAUUAUUUUUUUUUUUGGGAUGGGGAGGGGGUAGAAUAGUGGUGGGAGUGAAAAAAAAUCAUUUUUUAAUAUGUGUAGGUGACCUACAUCAUGCACUACUUUCUAAGACAUCUAGGAAGUAGGAGACUAUUAGACAAGAUGGAGCAGGAAGAAAAAGUAGUGCCUUACAAUUCUUACACCUACUCGUCGCAACACUCUUUCGCCCUUUUUCUGUUUCCUUCACAUGCAAUGAAUUUAUUUACCAUAAGCUACAUGUUUUAAGCCUUUAAUUUGUGAUGACCGUUACCAUAGCAACAAAAGAGGUUUUUUUUAAAAACAGCUGAUAUCAUAAAGCUUAUCAUUUGACAUGAUACUAAAUGUAUAAAUAAAAGAAAAAGUAGUCAAAUUAAAAAAAAAAA